CAACUUGGUCCUUGCACAAUACGCAAAAAUCUGAGGAAUUGUAAGAAGUGAGUCUGAAAAGUAGUCAAAUAUCUAUAAAUAUGGUCUGAGAACUAGAAAGAAAGAAAAAGCUGAAACCCAACCAAUUUAACAAUGGCGGACACAGUAAAGAGGUAUGCAGUUGUGACAGGAGCUAACAAGGGGAUUGGAUUUGGCACAGUUAAGCAGUUGGCUUCAAACGGCAUCGUAGUUGUGUUGACUGCUAGAGAUGAGAAGAGGGGUCUUGAAGCUCUUGAAAAACUGAAAGAUUUUGGCAUUUCUGAUCUCGUUGUUUUUCAUCAGCUUGAUGUAACAGAUUCUGUUAGUGCUGCUAGAUUGGCGGACUUUGUCAAAACCCAAUUCGGGAAACUCGAUAUCUUGGUAAACAAUGCAGCAGUUGUUGGAAGCAUAGUAACCCCUGAAGAUUUCAAAUCAGCUUCAAGUGGUAAGAGGCCUGAAGAAAUCAAUUGGAGUGAAAUACCGACCAUACCAAACGACGAGGUAGCGGAACAAUGCCUGAAGACAAACUACUAUGGUACCAAAAGUGUGACUGAAGCGCUUUUGCCCCUCCUCCAGCUAUCUGAUUCUCCAAGAAUCGUGAAUGUUUCUUCCGGUGUUGGUAAACUAAUGAAUUUUCCAAAUGGAUGGGCUAAAGAGGUACUGAGUGAUGCCGAGAGACUUACAGAAGAGAAGAUAGAUUCUGUGUUGAUUAGAUUUUUGGAAGACUUCAAAAAAGGAGACACCAAAAUCUGGUCUCCUAUUUUUCCACCCUAUACAGUCUCGAAAGCAGCAUUGAACGCAUACACCAGGAUUCUGGCCAAGAAGUAUCCGAAUUUCUGCAUCAAUUGUGUGAGCCCUGGAUUUGUCAAAACAGAUAUAACCUUCAAUGUUGGCAUCUUAACCAUCGACGAAGGUGCUGAAAGCCUUGUCAGGUUGGGGCUACUUCCCAACGGCGGUCCUACUGGUCUCUACUUUGGUCAGAAAGAAGUCGCUUCGCAAAUCAAUUUAACAAUGGCAGAAGCAGUAAGGAGGUAUGCAGUUGUGACAGGAGCUAACAAAGGGGUUGGAUUUGGCACAGUUAAGCAGUUGGCUUCAAAAGGCGUCGUAGUUGUGUUAACUGCUAGGGAUGAGAAGAGGGGUCUUGAAGCUCUUGAAAAACUGAAAGAUUUUGGCAUUUCUGAUUUGGUUGUUUUUCAUCAGCUUGAUGUAACAGAUUCUGCUAGCGCUGCUGUAUUGGCGGAUUUUGUGAAAACCCAAUUCGGAAAACUCGAUAUCUUGGUAAAUAAUGCAGCAAUUAAUGGAAGUGUGGUAAACCCUGAAGCUUUUAUAUCAGCUGCUACUGCUAAGAAGCCUGAAGAAAUAAAUUGGAAUGAAAUACCGACUAUACCAAACUACGAGUUAGCAGAAGAAUGCCUGAAAACAAACUACUAUGGUACAAAAAGAGUGACUGAAGCGCUUUUGCCCCUCCUCCAGCUAUCAGAUUCUCCCAGAAUCGUCAAUGUUUCUACCGGUGCUGCUAAGCUUAUGAAUUUUCCAAAUGGAUGGCCUAAAGAGGUACUGAGUGAUGCAGAGACACUUACAGAAGAGAGAAUAGAUUCUGUGUUGAGUGGAUUUUUGGAAGACUCUAAACGAGGUUUGCAAGACAUCAAAAUCUGGCCUCCUGUUUUUCCACCCUAUACAGUCUCGAAAGCCGCCUUGAACGCGUACACUAGGAUUUUGGCCAAAAAGUAUCCAAAUUUCUGCAUCAACUGUGGCAGCCCUGGAUUUGUCAAAACCGACAUGAGCUUCAAUGCUGGCAUCUUAACCAUCGACGAAGGUGCUGAAAGCAUUGUCAGGUUGGCGCUACUCCCCAACGGCGGUUCUACUGGCCUCUACUUUUCUAGGAAAGAAGUGGCACCUUUUUGAAGGUUCUUUUAUGUUUCAUGAAUAAUGAUCAUCAAUAGUGUGUGUACAUUGUAAUAAAUGAAGUUUACAAGCUUAUGUUAUAAUGUCAUGAAAAUUGACUUGUUGUUACAAUGCAGAGUGUCGUUCUCCUGGUCACCCAUUCACUCUUAGUCUCUUUCUCUUUGCCCUUGAUAUCAAUUAUGUUCAAAGAGAAUGUAAAAUGCUACAAGAUGAAGACAUGGUGAUUGGCUU